ACGCGAUGCUUAGUUUUCUCGCGCAUGCGUAUGCCAUUUGUUGGUGACAGCUACUUCAUUAGCCGAAUAACUCGGCUGAUUUCUCUCUAACUUUGAACUAACUGCCUGUUUUUUUAAGUUGCUUUGCGGUUCGCAUAGCUUUAAUUACUUCUUUAUACCACAAUGCUACAGUUUCUGGCUGGAUUCACCUUGGGGAAUGUUGUGGGGAUGUACCUCGCUCAAAACUACGAGGUUCCCAACAUAGCCAAGAAAUUCGAAACAUUUAAGAAAGACGUGGAGGCCAAGAAGAAGCCCCCAGAGUGAGCCAAGCGGGACCAAGCACGACCAGACUAGCUUUGCAGAGAAACUAUUUAUUUGACAGGGUCAUGAUAUAAUGUGUGCACAUUUGGUAAAAGAAUUGAAUAUGUAAAAUAUGUAUGAAAAUAUAAACAGUGCCUGGAACAGUAUUUGUUUCCUCCAUUAGUUUUAUAGGCAUGUUCUCAUUGUAGCCUAUUUUUUUUAUAAGAUAAAUUGUGCAAAGACUGGAUUUAAAGAAUAUUAUAACAAACCGGUGGGAUCACUUUAAGUCCAGGUUCAUGGCACUGGCGGCUGGCCUUUUCUAAGAUGCACUGUGGUGUUUUAACUUGCACAUGCCAUUCAUUUCCUCCACACUAGAUGUGUGUAGUGUUCUCUGAAGUGAAUAUUAAUAGUUUGCUGUUACAUUGUAUUCCACAAAAUUGAAAGAUUUUCCGCCACAAGCUUCCAGCUUGUCAAUAACUGCCAAACUUUGUAUCGUAUCACUACAAAUACAACUCUGACUCAUUCAGCUUACAAUAAAUUCGCAAAUAAUGAAUUUUAAA